GCGCGUUAACAAAACGUGACAUAAUGCUUCAACCGGAAAUGUUAUCGUACAGUAGUAGUAUUAGUAAUAGUAACAGUAAUAGUAAUAGCGGUAGCAGCGGCAGCACUAGCAGCAAAAACAAUAAUAAUGGUAUUCAUUUAGGUAUUAAUGGUAGACAUCAACUACAACAUAAUAGCAAUAAUAAUUAUGGUGGUAGCAUUGGUGGUGGUGUUAGUAAUGGUGGUAUUAGUACUGGUGGCGCUAAUAAUGGUGUAAAUAGUCUAAGUCAACUAACAAAUGGAGGUAGUAAUAGUAUUAAAUCAAAUAUUGCUAUAGCAUCGGCAAUUGCAAAUGCUGGUCUCAGUUAUGAAGAUGUUCUUAAUGAUGAUUUUCAAUUUGAUAUGGAUGGUCACGAUGUUAUGGUAUUCUUACAUAUUCAAAAGACUGGCGGUACAUCGUUUGGUAGACAUUUAGUACGUGAUUUGGAUUUAAAGAGGCCUUGUGAGUGUCAAAGAAAACGUAAAAGAUGUUAUUGUUUUCGGCCGCAUCGUAAUGAAAAUUGGUUAUUUUCACGUUAUUCAACCGGCUGGAAAUGUGGUUUACAUGCCGAUUGGACUGAAUUAACAAGUUGUGUUGAUCAAGAAUUAGAUAAGAAUGAGGGUGAAACAGCGAAAAGAAGAUAUUUUUAUAUAACAUUAUUACGUGAGCCUAUCUCAAGGUAUAUGUCAGAAUAUCGUCAUGUUAAACGUGGUGCAACAUGGAAAGGAUCAAGACAUUGGUGCCUUGGUAAACAUGCAACAACUGCUGAAUUACCACCAUGCUAUACAGGAAAAGAUUGGUUGGAUGUAACGUUAGAUCAAUUUGCAGCAUGUGAAAGUAAUUUAGCAGCUAAUAGACAAACAAGAAUGUUAGCUGAUUUAGCAUUAGUAGGUUGUUAUAAUAGAAGUGCAAUGCCAAAACAUGAAAGAGAUCGUGUUAUGUUAGCUAGCGCUAAAAGAAAUUUAGUUGCAAUGUCAUAUUUUGGUUUAACAGAGUAUCAAAAAAUGUCACAAUACAUAUUCGAAGAAACAUUUAAUUUACGUUUUGCUAUCCCUUUUGAGCAACAUAAUACAACAAUAUCAACAGCAGCUGUGAAUAGCUUAAGACCUGAUCAAAGAAAAAAAAUUGAGGAAUUGAAUGCCUUAGAUGUUGAGCUUUAUACAUUUGCAAAAAACUUAUUAUUUCAAAGAUUUCAAAGGCUAAAGGCCAAAGAUAAUGAUUUUAAAAGACGAUUUGCUAAUUUAGGUAAUAUACAUUAUAAACAAGGUGUUACAGAAUUCAAUUGGGAUAGUAAUAUUGAUGAAACUGCCGCUAUUAUCAGCACGGAUCAUUGAUUUUUUUUUCUUUAUACAUGUAUAGUAUAAUUAAAUUUAAAAGUCAUUAAAAAAAAAACAAAGUAGAUCUAAAACGAAAACAAAAUAACAUCAAAAUAUUAAACUAUAAAAUUUUAGUAUAUUUAAAAUUAUAAAUUAAAGAAAAAAGAUUUUUUUUAUAUAAUGUAUUAUAUAAAUAAUUAAAUUAAAUAGUAAAAUCAAAAUCUUUUUUUUUAUUUUUUUGU